UUUAAUUCCUUGGAAUUUUGUAAAAUGGUCCCCAUCGUCCAGUGGUGGAGCCGCGGCGCUUUCCCAAUCCCCAGCGGCUAUUGCCGAUGGCCGAUGGCCGGCGAUGGGCCGGGCGGCGAUUCCGACGCGGCGCACGAGAUCUCCUCCUCUCUGGCGGUCAUUUGUCGCGGACUCGAACUUGUUCUCAUUUCUUCAAACCGAAGCUUUUCCCCUUACCAUCUCACUCACCUAUCGCCUGGAUAUUUCACGGAAUCAAGUAAGGCCCAAAUGCCAAUACUUGAUCUAUCGCUCGCUUUAAUCCUGUUAGGUCACGUCGGUUCUGGUCCAGAUACAACAAAGUUUUGUCUUCUCGAGACCAAUCAGUGUCAGGGUCCACAAAAUUUUUCAAGGAGCCAGUCCAAAACCAGAGAAUACUAAUAAUAAUCUCCACUUUGAGGACCAUCCUCUGCUUUUCAUUUCUGAAUUCUCUACUGCAGGUAAGCCUUCACUUCUUCAUCUCACAAUAUUUCUUUUGGGUAAUGUGUUUAUAAAAUAAUAAUAACAAUACGCAUUGGUAUUUUUCAAUUCUUGUAGUUUUCAAAGUGUUUAUCACUAUUUUCCUGGAAAUUUUAAUUUUUUAUUAACCCUUUGCCAUUAGAGAUUGCUACAUUUGUUUCAUGUCACUUUCUCAUCUAGUAAAUAAAAAACGAUAUUAAUGAUUAAGACUUAAAAGAGUGGAAUGCCAUGAGUUAAUAAUCAAAUCUUUCACGUUAUUAUUAACUUAUUCUGGUAGAUACAGUAAUAAUAAUAUCAAUGACCGAGUUAAGACAGCAAAAAAAAAAAUUAGAAACUAUUGGGACUAUUUUGAAAUUUUGUAUAAAAUUGAAAAAAAAGUGUCAGGUACAAAGGUGCUGAUGUGGGUAAUGGCGUUCAUGACGUCAUCGACUAUGAAAAGCUUAUGGGUGACUCGGAUCCUGAGAAAGCGUCUCAUUGGUGACUAUGGAACGGGCGUCUUCAUAAUGGUUCCUAUACGGUUGCCCAGGGGUCAUGUAGUGUAUAACUACGAAGCCAUGAGCGGCGGCGACUUUACCAUUUAGGAAGUAUUUUACUUCACCAUCGCACUCCAUCACCUCCUUCUCUUUCCAAUUCUUCCUCCGCAGUCCGCGAGAAAGAGGAAAAAACCCUGAAAAUCUCGCCUUUUUUCAUCUCUUUCGUCAAGCGUUUUGCUUAUUG